AUGUCCUGGACCAAUCUCCCUCCCGAGCUUGUUGACAAGGUACUUUCCGAUAACGGCCUUCGAAAGCGCGACCUAGCCAACCUCGCACGAGUAAAUCGAAGUACCUAUCCAGUCGUGUUAAAAUGGCUCUAUCGAGAUGUUAAGCUCCAUGGUUCUGGACAGCGCCAAGAUCAGCAGGUCCUGAAUCUGUUCGACCGAGCUCUUACCGAAUCCCCGCGACUAGCAGCUGCCACCAAGUCCCUAACUAUCAACGCUUUUCUUCCCAAUGAAGAUAAACUCCUCCGCUCCAAAUCAAUUCUGGGGAAACUCUAUGCACUUCAGACUCUAUCACUGGCUUUCUAUGGCCAGGGAUAUUUCGAUGCGAGCUUCGUCCAAAAUAUUAUCCCGACCGGGCUCAAAGCGAGCGCUAAUACGCUAGCUCAAACACAAUGCAUAAAGAUAUCCGACCCAGAACUAACCUUUGGCGACAUUGUCAAACUGAUGUGGCUUCCAAAGGUACAGAGUUUAUCCGUGAAAUGUCAUCGGAAAAUAGAGAACAGUGGAUUAGCCGUCUUACCGUCUACAGCAAGCCUUCGAUUUCCUCUAAAGAAUCUAACUGUGGCCAUUUCUGCCGAUUGCAAUCAGGAACUGCUGAAUGUCUUACCAUUUUGCUUUGCUCUGGAGAGUUUCACCUGCAACGUAUCCUCCAUGUGCAAUGUGAACGACGAUCUAAUAUCUCCUGCUGGGCUGUCUCAAGCUCUGAUGCCCUGUCAAAAAACACUCAUCGCGAUGGAAUUCAACAGCGAUAGAUUAGGACACAUUGAUGAUUCACGACUUGACCUAAGCUGCUUUGGAAAUUUGAGAUCGCUGAAGGCCAACAGUUUGUUACUAUUCGGAGAGGACGAGGGAGACGAUCCAGCCUGUCGGAAUGGUCUUUAUGCUCGCCUGCCAUCCUCACUGGAAAAACUAGAGGUGUGUAAUCCUUGA